GUAUCCCAGUGAAAAUGAUGAAUGUCAAGGGGCUCGCAGAUCUGAAGAAGAAAAAACCUUCCAAGGCCCCGAGGGGGACGGAUGCGGGUGCCCCAAAACCCGCCUGUGACUUCUUCAAGAAGCCGGAGGGGCCAUCGGCGGCCCCAAACACUGAUGCAGCUGCCGCUGCCAAGAGGAAAGGCACGGGCAAGGCUCCUGAGAUCAAAAAGCCCAAGACCGGGGACGCCGGGAAGAAAAGCCCCCCGGUGGUCAUUGUUGAUGAUUGCCCCGCCUCCGGAGCGCACGAGGAGAUGCCGGUGGCGAAAGUCCCGGGGGGUGUCCGGGAGCCAUCCUCCGAGGUUCUGACGAACUCCGUCCCGGUUGGUACGGCUGUGAUGAAUGGCACGGCGGAUCCGAGGGCGCUUCUGAGAGGUAUAACCCUUGAUAUUGACAGGGCAGCCCUCGGGGAUGAUGACGACCAAGCCCUCGAGGACAGGAUCCUCCGGUCUUCCCUUACGACCUGCAUUGCCCUCGGAGAGCAAGCCCGGCGGCUAGAGGAGUGGCGCCUUCGCAAGGCUGAGCAGGAUGCUAAGAUGCGGGAGCUCAUCCGCCAGAAUGCCGAUGCUGUCCGGCAGAUGGCUAUGCUGGAGGAGAGCCUUCGGCAGAUGACCCUGCGGGCGGAGGCCGCAGAUCGGGGCAGGGCGGAGGCUGAGAGGUCCGCAGCUGAGGCUUUGGAGAGAGCUGCCAGGGAGGCCGAGGCCGCGAAGAUGGAAUCCGUCGAGAGAGCCCGAGGGGACGCAAUCUCGGGGUUCUUGGCAGGGGGGUGGCGGGCCGAGGAGCACAAGCAAUGGCUGUCCUCGGUCGUCGAGUCCUCGGUUGACGAGUGGUGCGAUGGGCCCGGUGUGGAGUGGGUUUCCCGAAAGGGUAAACAAUAUUAUGAUGGGGGCGAGUUUUUCACCCAAGCCCUCAUCUACCGGAGGAUGGCUCGCCACUUGAAGAUUGAGCCAAAGGACUUCGACCCGGCGGCAUACGGGCUCCCCCCUGCAUCCAGACGUCC